UGUUGCUGACAGGAGAACGGGGUCGAGGGAAGGUCUGGAAGCGGCUGAACACGAGGCAGUGUCAAAAUGCGUGAGAUUGUGCACAUUCAGGCUGGACAAUGUGGAAACCAGAUCGGGGCCAAGUUUUGGGAGGUGAUUAGUGACGAACAUGGCAUCGACCCCACUGGCACCUACCAGGGAGAUGGCGGCUUGCAACUGGAGAGAAUAAAUGUCUACUACAAUGAAGCGGCAGGUAGCAAGUAUGUACCCCGUGCCAUUCUGGUGGACCUGGAACCGGGCACCAUGGACUCUGUCAGAUCGGGGCCCUUUGGUCAGAUUUUUCGACCUGACAAUUUUGUAUUUGGCCAGAGCGGUGCAGGGAACAACUGGGCAAAAGGCCACUACACAGAAGGAGCUGAACUGGUUGACUCAGUGCUGGAUGUGAUCCGUAAGGAAGCUGAGGGCUGUGACUGUCUGCAGGGUUUCCAGCUCACCCACUCAUUGGGAGGGGGGACUGGCUCUGGCAUGGGUACCCUCCUCAUCAGCAAGAUCAGAGAGGAGUACCCCGACCGGAUCAUGAACACCUUCAGUGUCGUGCCGUCGCCCAAGGUGUCUGACACCGUGGUCGAACCAUACAACGCCACACUGUCCGUGCACCAGCUGGUCGAGAACACGGACGAGACCUACUCCAUUGACAAUGAAGCGCUUUACGACAUCUGCUUCCGCACCCUGAAGCUCACCACCCCGACCUACGGUGAUCUCAACCACUUGGUGUCGGCCACCAUGAGUGGGGUGACCACCUGCCUGCGGUUCCCCGGCCAACUCAACGUGGACCUCCGCAAGCUGGCGGUCAACAUGGUGCCCUUCCCGCGCCUGCACUUCUUCAUGCCGGGCUUUGCCCCCCUGACCAGCCGUGGCUGCCAGCAGUACCGUGCCCUCACCGUGCCCGAGCUCACCCAGCAGAUGUUCGACGCCAAGAACAUGAUGGCGGCCUGCGACCCGCGCCACGGCCGCUACCUGACGGUGGCCGCCAUCUUCCGCGGCAAGAUGUCCAUGAAGGAGGUGGACGAGCAGAUGCUGAACAUCCAGAACAAGAACAGCAGCUACUUCGUGGAGUGGAUCCCCAACAACGUGAAGACGGCUGUCUGCGACAUCCCGCCCCGGGGCCUCAAGAUGUCCGCCACCUUCAUCGGGAACAGCACCGCCAUCCAGGAGCUCUUCAAGCGGAUCUCCGAGCAGUUCACCGCCAUGUUCCGCCGCAAGGCCUUCCUGCACUGGUACACGGGCGAAGGUAUGGAUGAAAUGGAGUUUACCGAGGCAGAGAGCAAUAUGAAUGAUCUGGUCUCAGAGUACCAACAGUAUCAGGACGCCACUGCUGAUGAACAGGGUGAAUUUGAAGAGGAGGAGGAGGAGGAGGGUGCAGUUGAUGCUUAACGUCCUUGUCAUUUCCUCCCCCCCCCAUCCUCUCCUCCUCGAGAGCUGGCAGUGUUGUAGUUCUGUUCUUCCUUUGACCUCCUUACGAAACAAAUUGUGGGUUUUAAUUUGUAAAUCUCGACCCUCUGUCCCACAUAGCGUUUUAGUGUCAAGUGACGCUGUGGCAACCAUGAUUGUAAAUAGUUUCCCAUUCCUGUGAUGCAGACGCUUUACAUUUUCCUAAUCGCUGAAUUGAUUUUGAAAGCAUUUAUGUCGAAUAAAGUUCAUGUUUAUUAUUCUUCGUGACCUGAAGUGAAUGAAAUUUCAAAACUGCUGCCUUUUGAUUUGUGUUGAAGUAUCUCAGCUGAUACAUUACAGCAUUCACACCGGCAGCAUGCCCAGAAGUUUGAAACAAAGAACUGUGGAUGCUGGAAAUCUGA